AGAUCCCGCUAUUAUGUAGAUUUAAUCAGCCUUUUUGCUGGUGAUAGUCUAAUUGUUUAGGAUUCGCCUGCAUUUCAUAACAAGUUUGCUCAAUGAAAGUCAAUCAUUAUAUCCACAAUUGUAUGGUAUUUAGCCGUGUGAAGUAGGGGUGCAGAGGGUGCUGCAAAUUCUCGCGGAUUUUGUGUACAACAUCAUCAUUAAUACUCGAGGCUCGUACGCAUUUUAAGGAUUUAUACACCCCGGCCCGAGACCAACAGAGAAUACGUAAGGAAUUGAUUGACAGGACCUGAUACAGUUUCUAGACUCGUCCAGGCGAGGGCAACGAAACAUCCGGCGUCACGGCGAGGAGCUCCAGAAAGUUCUGUCAGUCAGCCUGCCGCUGGGGUAUAUAAAGAACCAUCGUCUCUCUUAGAGACAGAGUACAAUUUGCGCUGUAAUCGACAGCAACGGAACAGAGAUCCUGCUACGAAGAUGGUUAAAGAGACGGGCUUCUACGACGUUUUAGGUGUGAGUCCUAAAGCCUCACCAGACGAAAUUAAAAAAGCAUACAGAAAACUGGCUCUGAAAUACCACCCGGACAAGAACCCGAAUGAAGGGGAAAAGUUCAAGCUGAUAUCUCAGGCCUAUGAGGUUCUGUCGGACCCUAAAAAGAGGGACCUGUAUGACCAGGGAGGAGAGCAGGCCAUCAAGGAGGGGGGCAUGGGCGGUGGAGGUUCCCCUAUGGACAUAUUCAACAUGUUCUUUGGAGGUGGAGGCCGGAUGCACCAGCAAAGGGAGCGGAGAGGUAAGAACGUGGUCCAUCAGCUCACUGUGACUCUGGAGGAGCUGUACAAUGGAACCAAGAGGAAACUUGCACUGCAGAAAAACGUCAUCUGUGAAAAAUGUGAAGGUUACGGUGGCAAGAAGGGCACACUGCAGACCUGUGGCUCCUGUAAGGGGAGAGGAGUGGAGAUCAAGGUGCAGCAGAUUGGACCAGGGAUGAUCCAGCAGAUCCAGACUAUGUGUUCAGAAUGCCACGGGGAGGGCGAACGCUUCAGUGCGAAAGACAGGUGCAAGAACUGCAAUGGACACAAAGUGGAGCGCAAGAAGAAGAUUCUAGAGGUUCACAUUGACAAAGGUAUGAAGGACGGUCAGAAGGUAGUAUUCCAUGGGGAGGGGGACCAGGAACCUGGUCUGGAACCAGGUGAUGUAAUCAUCGUGCUGGACCAGCAGGAACACCCGGUGUACCAGCGGCAGGAUGACAACCUCUACAUGAAGAUUGAAAUCCGACUGGUGGAAGCCCUCUGUGGCUUUAAGAAGACCAUCCGCACUCUAGACGGCAGGAUGCUCAUCAUCAACUCACCUCCAGGUAAUACAGUCAGGUCUUGACAAUAACCAUGGCCCCAGGUCAACUCACCUCCAGGUAAUACAGUCAGGUCUUGACAAUAACCAUGGCCCCAGGUCAACUCACCUCCAGGUAAUACAGUCAGGUCUUGACAAUAACCAUGGCCCCAGGUCAACUCACCUCCAGGUAAUACAGUCAGGUCUUGACAAUAACCAUGGCCCCAGGUCAACUCACCUCCAGGUAAUACAGUCAGGUCUUGACAAUAACCAUGGCCCCAGGUCAACUCACCUCCAGGUAAUACAGUCAGGUCUUGACAAUAACCAUGGCCCCAGGUCAACUCACCUCCAGGUAAUACAGUCAGGUCUUGACAAUAACCAUGGCCCCAGGUCAACUCACCUCCAGGUAAUACAGUCAGGUCUUGACAAUAACCAUGGCCCCAGGUCAACUCACCUCCAGGUAAUACAGUCAGGUCUUGACAAUAACCAUGGCCCCAGGCCAACUCACCUCCAGGUAAUACAGUCAGGUCUUGACAAUAACCAUGGCCCCAGGUCAACUCACCUCCAGGUAAUACAGUCAGGUCUUGACAAUAACCAUGGCCCCAGGUCAACUCACCUCCAGGUAAUACAGUCAGGUCUUGACAAUAACCAUGGCCCCAGGUCAACUCACCUCCAGGUAAUACAGUCAGGUCUUGACAAUAACCAUGGCCCCAGGCCAACUCACCUCCAGGUAAUACAGUCAGGUCUUGACAAUAACCAUGGCCCCAGGUCAACUCACCUCCAGGUAAUACAGUCAGGUCUUGACAAUAACCAUGGCCCCAGGUCAACUCACCUCCAGGUAAUACAGUCAGGUCUUGACAAUAACCAUGGCCCCAGGUCAACUCACCUCCAGGUAAUACAGUCAGGUCUUGACAAUAACCAUGGCCCCAGGUCAACUCACCUCCAGGUAAUACAGUCAGGUCUUGACAAUAACCAUGGCCCCAGGCCAACUCACCUCCAGGUAAUACAGUCAGGUCUUGACAAUAACCAUGGCCCCAGGACAACUCACCUCCAGGUAAUACAGUCAGGUCUUGACAAUAACCAUGGCCCCAGGUCAACUCACCUCCAGGUAAUACAGUCAGGUCUUGACAAUAACCAUGGCCCCAGGUCAACUCACCUCCAGGUAAUACAGUCAGGUCUUGACAAUAACCAUGGCCCCAGGCCAACUCACCUCCAGGUAAUACAGUCAGGUCUUGACAAUAACCAUGGCCCCAGGCCAACUCACCUCCAGGACUAGUUUUAUUAGUCCAAGUCAGGACUAAUAAAACUAACAACUCACUGUCCCAAUUGGGCCAUUAGAAAAUAAUGGAGAACUUGACAUCCUCUGGUUGUUUCGUAAUCUGGCACACAAAUAACUACCUGGCAGCUCUUUCUGCGUACUGUCGGCCAGUCAAUAGUUGAGCAGUGAUGUGACGUGAUUGUUUUUCAGUAAUCGUCU